AGUAAUUCGAGAUUUGCACACGAGGCUCUGCGGAGAGCAGGAAAACCAUCAGAGUAAGGAAUCUGACACACUGAAGACCGAUACACCCGCCGACCCCGUGGAAGUGAGUUGAAAAGCUGGACGAAUCCAAACCUGCACCUGUCGUUUGGAAAGGGGGAAAGGAUGAAAGAUCUGAUCCACAGACGAGGAUAAAAGCCACGUUAAACAUGCCUCACGCAGAUGCAUCGAAUUUCUCCACCUCGCUGAGCAAAGCAGAGGCAUACUCCCAACUCCUGGCGUCUCUCACAUCUCUGCUCGAAGGCCAGCGUAACUGGGUGGCCAACACGGCCAAUGCGGCCUCGUUACUCUGGCAUAUGUUCCAUUCUCUCCCACCGCCGUCAUCAUCCGUGAACUGGAGCGGCUUUUACGUGCUCGACCCCACGGAUCCGCAGAAGCAGUUGAUCCUUGGCCCGUUCAUGGGGAAGGUCGCUUGCCAGACCAUCAGGAUUGGAAAGGGCGUAUGUGGUGCUGCGGCCGAAGGCGAAGGGAGGACGGUGCUGGUCGAGGACGUCGAGCAGUUUCCAGGUCAUAUUGCGUGCGACAGCGACAGCCGAAGUGAGAUCGUGGUUCCAAUCAAGAGUGGUGGAAAGGUCGUCGGUGUCCUUGACAUUGAUUGCGCCGAGGUAGGCGGGUUCGACGGUCAAGAUCAGGAAGGUCUGGAGAAUAUCGCUGAACUGCUCGGCAAGUCGUGCGAAUGGUAACAAGGACAAGUUCUCGCUAUGUCUUGACGCUUUUCUUCAUUCCGCUUUGAAUGCCGUCGUGGGUAUCAACUCCUCCCGUAUGCUAUUUAUCCUUAACAAUCGGCAGCCAUGCAUCUGUCUGAACAUUCCAUCGCUGCUCUUCUGC